AAGCAAUGGUGAAUUAAUAUAAAACAACUUAUUUGCAGCAUAAAGUCAGACAUAUCAAUCAACAAACUCGAGCUUUCUCCCACUGCACACAGAGGACCGAGUCACCAGGACUGAACAGCAGCUACAGAGAAUAAAGGAGGUCUAAAUAAAUACAUAAAUAAAUAGAUUAAUGACUUAGAAUCAAAAACAAAACGUGCAGGAGCCCUACACGUCGGUGGGCUCGACUCCAUGUGCCACACCCCCAGCUCAGGGCAAGCACGUGGGAAAAAACAAAGAACCCUGCUGUCUCUCAAAAAAAAAAAAUGCAAACCAUAAACAAAGCCCUAAUCAAAUUAAAACACUGCUAUGUUUCAGUCACAUGGGCAUGCCAUUAACCAAUGCUGGUCACGUGACGAGAUGCGAGUCUCAUAAAAUAGCCACAUUUUAGUUUGGGUAGUGCAGAACGCGUGCAGGCCACACCAUCUGCUCCGGGCGUCACCACACAAGAACAGGACCAAGAUGAGUCUCCGAUUUCUAAUGGUUUUGAUUGUAACGUGCAGUUAUCUGACGGUUCAGACUAUCGCUGAGUCCAACAUGUCCCUGCCCACUUCAAUCCCCACAUCCAACAUAACCACACCCACUUCAAGUAACACCAGCACAGCCACGUCAACGUCCGACCCCAAACCCAGCAACACCAGCACAGCCGCGUCAACGUCCGACCCCAAACCCAGCAAUACCAGCACAGCCGCGUCAACGUCCGACCCCAAACCCAGCAACACCAGCACAGCCGCGUCAACGUCCAGCCCCAAACCCAGCAACACCAGCACAGCCACGUCAACGUCCGACCCCAAACCCAGCAACACCAGCACAGCCGCGUCAACGUCCGACCCCAAACCCAGCAACACCAGCACAGCCGCGUCAACGUCCGACCCCAAACCCAGCAGCUCCAGCACAGCCGCGUCAACGUCCGACCCCAAACCCAGCAACACCAGCACAGCCGCGUCAACGUCCGACCCCAAACCCAGCAACACCAGCACAGCCGCGUCAACGUCCGACCCCAAACCCAGCAACACCAGCACAGCCGCGUCAACGUCCGACCCCAAACCCAGCAACACCAGCACAGCCGCGUCAACGUCCGACCCCAAACCCAGCAACACCAGCACAGCCGCGUCAACGUCCGACCCCAAACCCAGCAACACCAGCACAGCCGCGUCAACGUCCGGCCAAAAAUCCAGCAGCUCCAGCACAGCCGCAUCAACAUCCGGCCAAAAAUCCAGCAGCUCCAGCACAGCCACGUUAACGUCCAGCCCCAAAUCCAGCAACACCAGCACAACCACGGCUGCUUCGACCUCCAUGCUGAAGAACUCCGCCUGUGGCACCACAAGCAAUUCCUCUCCGAGCACCAUAGCAACCUCACCCUCUAUCGCUACCUUCUCCUCCACUGGCACUUUCCUGUCCUUCUCUGUGGGUCUGGUGCUCUCCUUAACACAGCUGACCGGGUAAUGGUGGCCAAACCCAAACCCACCACGCCUGUGUUACACCAGCUCUUACGGUUUCCUCCUCCACAACAAACAACUCUCUGGUUAAUUCCAGCUCAAAACAUUUUAAAUCCCUCAUCAUUGAAUACACAUUUAACAAAUAAGUGUCUGUGUAUUACAUUUGGAGUUUGGUUGGUCUCCCCUCCCCCGCUUCCAGGAAACUAUAAUAUUGUGAUAUUUUGUUUUUCUGUAAUUUCAUAGAUAUAAGGUAUGUAUAAGCAUGCACUUAAAUUACCUUUGUAAAAACAAAAAGCAAUUAUAAGCAUGAUCAAUUAAAGAACACUAUUAAACUGAUGGACUCCAUGUCUACUCAAGCUGGUAAAUAAAUAAGUUGUGUCAAACAGACAAGGGAGCACACCCAUCUCUGGCAAACCCUGUAGGGUUUUGUUUCUCAUUAGUAUCUCUUUCUCGUGAAUCUCUCAUUAGGCUCAUCUGCUAACUGUUAGAUCCGCAGCGCUCUGUAAAAAGAUGUCUCCAAACACACACAUCACCUAAAUAUACCACAAUUCAGGAUUCAUCCAAAUAAGUAAUCAAUUAGACUACGCAAAACUAAAUACAUACAUUUAAAAAAAAUUUUUUUUAAAAAGGAUCAUAUUAUUUCUACCCGUUUAGUAACCAAGCUCAACCCACAGCACCUCACGCUCGGUCCCGAGGCCCUCCCGGCUGAGAACCCAGCGUACAGACUCGAACCACUGCGACC